UGCAUGCAAUCAUAUAUUUAUAUAUAAUUAUUAUAAUUAAGAAGAUGAAGAUGGAGGAGACCGUGACGAGACAUUUGAAGGAAACCACCAGCACCACCACAAUGUCCAUGGCCGCCAAGGGCCAGCAGGUUGAGGCUGCAAAGAAGACCAAAGAGACGGAGUUUCCUUUACACAAUGAUUUUGAUCGUUUCUGGACUUGGCAUAGGGAGGAAGAUAAAGAUACGCUUGUCGUCCAGCUCCCUGAAUUCAAAGCAGAAGAACUGAAGGUCCGUAUUAACAAUAGCGGUAACCUGACGAUUAGCGGAGAACGCCCCAUCAUCAAUGGAAAGGGACGCGUUCGGUUUACCAAGGAGAUGAAGCUCUCGAAGAAGUACGAUGCCAGUAAUAUCACCGCAAAGUUUACCAAGGAUGGCCUUCUUCAUGUUACGCUGCCCAAGAAAAUUCCCAAUUCAGGGUCAGACGCCGGCGCCGCCGACUUUCAGCUGGAAGAGGGAGGGGAAAGCGGAAGGGCCGGUGCCGGCGCAAAGGCGGCGUUGAACGUUGCAGUGGCGGCGGCUGCGGUCGCGGCAUUGGCUGUGGGUGUUUAUGAAACAUUCAAGCGUGGUACAUCUUCCUCCAGUGCUGAUUCCUCCUCCUCCUCCGCCGCCGCCCAUCUCCCCGUUUCUUCAAACAUGUAAUUCAGUAGAGAUGACGGCGCUACACAUCAUUAAUUAAUCUUCCCUUUUAGACUUCACAUUGUUAUUCAAAGACCUUUACAACAUUUCAUUAACGAAAACUUGCCACCUCCUCAUAUCACACUUGUUCUUACCUAUUUUCAUUCCUCUUUUAUAUAUUAUUAUGUUUCCAAUCAGUUUAGUAAUUUU